AUGUAAAUGAUUUAGUAGUGCCUUGUAUUCUUAUCUUUGUUGCUUAUCGCUCUUUCAUAGGAUUGCCUUGAUUAGGAUGGAAAUGCAGUAGAUUGGUGGUUCAUUUUAAAAAUGCCAGGUAGCAGAAAAUUUGGAUGGUCAGGUCUUGAUUACUUUUAUUGUGAUAGUGUGAACGAUUGUGAUGAAUUCGAUCUCCAAUAGGAUGAUUUAGAUUCUGAGGAUUCUCCUCUGAUAAGGACGAUCCGUCCUAUUAAUUUUAAGGAGAAAGAUGUCCUUAGUUUGUUAUGGAGUGAUUAGCCUAAUGAUAGUUUAGAUUAUCCUAACAAUGCUCAUUCAAAGGGUAUAAUGAGAGCAAGUUUGAAUGGAAAUAAUAAGGCAUUUAUAAUAUCUCACUCAACUCCUAGAUUCCCAAAGUUAAAUAGUGAGGGGGAAAUUGAUGAUACAGUUGAAGAUAAUUUUCAUAGAAAUGGACAACAUUUCAUGUGUUUAUCUACAACAACUAGUGAUAUAGAUGAAUAUUUAGCAAAAUUAUAUAUAGAAGCAGAAAUUAGUAUUUAUCAACAUAGUUCAACACCUGAUAAAGCUUCCAAAUUUAGAGAAUUUAGAAAUUUGGUUGAUUUAUGGGCAACUAGAAAGUCUUCCAAAAGGACAAGUGGUUCUUCUGUUUAUACAAAAUCUAGAGAGUUGAAAAAGUAAAUGACAUUUGAAACAAGAGGUGGUUAAACUUUUGAAAUUUUUUCAAAAAAUGAGAACUAUAGGAAGGAUUUCUAUGCAAAUGUUGUAGCACCUUAUUUAAAAUAAGAUUUUGUGUUAGAAUCGUGGGUGAGACAAUAUAAAGUGAAAGGAUUAUAGGAAGCAGAUUGCGACAAUAGAUAUAAAACAUUGUCAAAUGAGGUAGUAAAAUUUACAGGUUACUAAGACGAUGAACUAAUAGAGUUUGAAUAUAGAUACACUAAAGAUCAUUCAAAGUAUGGGAUAACACUUCCUAGAGAUUCUGCUUCAGCAGGUGCCUCAUUUAUCACAAAUACAUAACACACAUUAAAGGGUUAAAUAUUUGCAAGUAACCAACAUUCAAGAAAAAGAGAGGAAUAAGUUUUUAUUGGAGGUGAUGAUGAAACAAUGGAUGAUGGAAAACUGCUCGGUAGAAAAAGAAAUAGAGAUGAAGAUUCUGAGGAACCAACAAGUAGAAAGAGAAAAAGAGAAGAUGGUAAAACAUCAUCCAAAAAACCAAAGGUGAUUCAUGAAAAAUACGUUUGUAUCAGUGACUUAAAUAGACAGCCAUCAUAGUGGGAAAGGGGAGGACUUGUGUAUUGCUUUUACAAUGAAGGUUUGUGGACUGUAAUAAAGGAAGCAUUUAUAGGGAUAUAAGAAUGUGAAGAAGAAGAUGAAUUAGAAAUAGAUGGUUGA